CCACGUGCGACAUCAAUGCUUUGUACUUCAAAAGUCUCUUUUGUUUCUCGAAAGCAAAAGCGUGUGCAGCCGUCUAUCUGAUGUUUUGCCUCGGGUAUUUUGUUGCCUGAACCCAGGUCGCUCGCUACCUACGGGUAGAGUUCACGUCAUCUGCGUCGAUCAAUGCGGGGCGCGCUUACCGAGAAGGCGUCACCUCAAAAAAAAGUUAUGCCCGCCAAAAAAACGUCGUCCGUAUCAAUGACAGCUAAACUUCGAGAAGCUGAACACCUCAGCCUCCCGCCUUUCUGUGGUGGAACCCUACAAUCUCCCUUCUCGUCUCACGUCCUGUAGGUACAGACUACGGAGGUACAAGUGACAGAAAACGGUGGAUGUCAUCCAUCCAUCUAUGCGGUACUGGACCAGUUUGAGUUUCCAGUUUCGUCGUCCCAGAAAUAUACACCUUCCCCGGCCUUUCCUUGAGACGGGCAGCUGGGGCUCUGGGGAUUUCCAAAUCUGCCCUUAAUUUGAGACUCCCGCAGCCAUUGAACAAUGUUAUGUCAUAAAGUCGCGCAAGGGGGCUUUUAGAGUAGUGGGGUGGUGCGAAUGGUUGGUCGGGUGGGAGAUCAGCCUCGCCUAUUCAUGAUUCGUCCUCCGCCGCCACGCAACCCUGGGAUUUAAGUAUGAGCAUGAUGGGUCAACCCCGCCAGCCCACCACCAGAGCACAACAUCUCCCAUGGGCACAGAAAGAGAUGCACCCUCCCAUCCCAUUCUACACAGUCAAUGACUAGCUCUCGAUUCAUAUCUCGGGGUACAACUGAAAGUACUUUCCGCAUGGUAAUGACUAGCCACCCCUCCCCCUCGUCCGGCCCCGUUCAACAACCGUUGUCCGUCAAUUACUACAAUUUUGGGGUCUCCCCGUCAUUAAAUCUAAUUUCGUUCUCGACCAAAGAAACUUGUUUCUCGAGAGUCCUGCCAAAUUUACCACCCUCGCCGCAGAAGAAGUAGGAUCAAAUUUCCUCCAACUUCUACACCACCUCGUCCUCUCAUCCGAGCUCUUUCAGCAUACCAACACGAAUCCAACUCGUCGAUUGAUGGUAAAGGCUGACCAGAAUAUUCACUUCCGUCUACCUUUCACUCCCAGAUGGCAGCUGGUUUUCGGCGGCAGCAUGACUUAAUUUUGACAAUCUUCAUACACGGAACUCUCAUGUCGUGCCAACAAUAACAUGGUGUCCAAGGAAAUACCAUCAAGAGGUGACGCCACGCUCGUCGUGACUACCGUCACAUUUUCCCUUGCAACAGUGUUUGUCGUUGCGAGGCUUAUCAGCCGGUUUGUGAUUUUAAAGACUCGCACAGCCGAUGAUUGGUGUAUGAUAGUGGCAUGGGUGAGUGAAGAACAGCCAAUUUACAGACAUAAACUAAUACAUCCAAGUUCCUGGCUUUUGGACUGUCCUUCUCCAUUGACUACGGUACUGCUAAAGGUUUGGGACGCCGUGAUGUGGAUAUACCUUCCGACUGGCUUCCGUCACUACGACGUGCUGAAUAUGCAUUUACCAUCCUCUACGUGAGUUCUGUCUUGCCUAUACUUUUACUUGUCCCCAAUCGCAGUGGACAAAAGAAUUCGCAGUAAACCAUUCCUUCGCUAUUCCUUUCUUCUAGGCAAGUCAUUCAAAACUUUGGGGACAAUUGGUUCAACUGUCCUAGAAUCUUUAGUUAAUGGAAUAUGCGAGAUAUAUCUGGAAUCAAUAUGGGGUUGCAAGAGGGCUUGCUCUAACACAUUAUAGAACCCGGCCUUGAUGGCAACCAAAACCUCCAUUUUAAUAUUCUACCUUCGAAUGGCGAAGUGUGCCCAGAACCGUUUGAGACUCGCUUCCUACAUCACAUUGGCCUUGGUCAACAUCGGCGGGUUUACAUUGACCUUCUUGAACGCAUUCCAAUGCAAUCCUGCCAGUGCCGCUCAUGACAUCCAUCAGAUUGGGGCAAAAUGCAUGUCUAUAGUGACUCUGUAUUUAUGUUCUGCCCCGGUCAACAUUUUUACAGAUCUCGCCAUUCUCGUUCUACCUAUUCCCGUAUUGACUGGCAUGCGAUUGCCAUCUAGACAAAAAACAGUGUUGAUUGUUACUUUUACGUUGGGAAUUUUCGUCACAAUCGUUGAUGUUAUCAGAAUCUUCUACCUCCAGCAGUCCUCCGAUCAGCUUUCUACCCGAAAAAAUACAUUCGGAGCGACGACGGAUUUCGGCUGGUAUGCCAGUACUGCAUUUUUGUGGUCUGCCGUUGAAGUCAAUGUUGGAAUAAUUUGCGCAUGUAUUCCAACACUGAAGCCUCUCGUCAAACGCAUCCUUCCAAACAUUCUGAGAGAUUCGAAUCAUACAAUUGCAACAAAAGCAGGAUCACUGAACUCGCAGAUGGAUCACAUACACGAUCGAUUACCUUCCACAGCUGGAGACGAACCAAGAGCUCGACCUCCCGGUGCUCUUCCUCCCCACGAGCAAGGAAGAGACCAUGAAGCUGAGGUGGAUAUGAUGGAUUUCCUGACGACCCCACAAGGCAUGGAGAACAUCAAUACGCCCGGCGGCACUAUGACUAUGGCACCCACUGAAAGGUCUCAUACAUUGCAAACGAACAAAACAAGCGAUAAUUCGCUAUAUUUUGGUUUUGUUAAUAUGAAAAGACCUAAGAGUAUGCUCAAAACACAUGGGACGGAAUCAUUCAAAUAUUGCGCCAUGGUAACUACCCUUUUCUUCCUGUGGGGGUUCUCUUAUGGCCUUCUGAAUAUUUUGAAUAAUGAGAUUUUUAUCAUUGCGAAGCAGACCACGGAACAGCUUCUGGGACUGACAGCAGCAUACUUUGGAGCAUAUUUCUUCGGAGCUAUGACUGUUGGACAAUGGACACUUCGACAUUGUGGAUUCAAGACCACUUUUGUUGUUGGGUUGUGCAUUUACGGAACUGGGACAUUGUGUUUCUGGCCUUCAGCUGUCUUGUUCUCCUAUCCUGGCUUUAUUAUCUCCAACUUUGUGGUUGCAUUUGGACUUUCCGUGCUCGAGACUGCGGCAAAUCCAUUCAUCGCACUCUGCGGUCCGAGCUCCUCAGCCGAGUUUCGCCUCCUCAUGGCUCAGGGAGUGCAAGCGGUGGGAAGUGUUCUCAGUCAGUUAUUGGCAGAAAAAGUGUUAUUUCAAGAUCUGCGCAACAAUAGCUUGAUUGAUAUUCAAUGGGCUUAUCUCGCGGUUGCAUUGUUUACUGUUAUCCUCGCCUUAUUCUUUCACUAUAUGCCUCUACCCGAGGCAACUGACGCCGACCUCCAAAUUCAAGCCGACAAUCUUGGAGUGGAUCAUAAGGAAACUGUCUUUUCACCAAAUAUUCGCCUCAUAUACGUCACUCUAGGAUUAGCCGUUUUCUCUCAAUAUUGUUACGUCGCUGCUCAAGAAAGCAUGUCUGUCUGGAUCAGUAGCGCGCUCCAGGCCGCCGAGGGCUUAGGCAAGGGCACCCUCACAAUCGACAACUUUAUCCUCGUAGGACACACCACCUUCGCUAUCGGAAGAUUCCUCUUCGGGGCACUCUGUCUCAUAAUCCAUCCGCGCAUUCUCCUCCUCCUUGCCCUCCUCGGCUGUCUUCUAUUCUCCACACUUAUCAUGGCUCUUCACAUCCCCAUCAACGGCCUUGCCGGCCCAACACUAGUGUUCUAUUUCUUCGAAGGACCUGUUUUCCCCAUGGUCUACGCCAUAGGCAUCCGAGGUCUAGGGAAACGAACAAAAAUAGGGGCCUCGGCUAUCGCAGCAGCGACUAGUGGUGGUGCGAUGUUCCCGUUCGUCAUGUUUGCCGUGCAGAGAUUGGGUGGGAAAAGUGUACAAUAUUCGUUCUGUAUCAUCGUUGCCCUUUCGGCGUUUGGACUUUUAUUCCCGGUUUAUCUUAAUCUUGUUCCCAAGGCGAGGAAGCAGGUUGAUCCUACGUAUUAUCCGGCGGUUGGAGAGCCGGUUCGGAGGCUGAGUAAUAUUUUGGGAGCGGGGAUUGGGAAGAUUCGUGGGUCGCGGAGUGAGGAGAUGAGAAGUCCUGGGUUGCCUACUUAUGAACAUAAGGAGGGGAGAGGGGACAGUUGGGGGGUGGAUAGAGAUGAUGUGAAGGGAUGAUGGGAUUCUUUUCUUUCGACUGCUCCAUUUCUUUUGAAUUUUUGGCGUUGGCAUUGGGUCGUCGGCAGGCAGUCCGAUGAUUGAUCUUUUUUGCAUUAUUCUAUUUCACCUUGUUUUGCAAUCAAGCGAGCGGCAUUCUUGCGCAUAUUUUGCGAUGGCGUUUAUGGGGGGUUUUAAACGUUUUUCUUUCCUAUUCUUUUGGUUUUUUAUAUAGCAUAUAUAUGUUUUGGCGACAUAGCGAAUGGGCGUUUGG